AUGGCUUCCCUCUUCUCGCAGUCCGUCACCGCAGCCUCGAAUUUCUACAGCACCGCCAUGUCUUCUCUCAAUACAAUUCCAACUCUCCUCCCAGCUGCUCCGGCAAGUCCAAUAGACUUCUCACUCUAUACCAGCCAGAUAUUUAACUCUCAACUUCCAUUUUCCUUUGGCCUCGUACAAUCUAUCUCCUUAAAUUUUCCGCCGAUAACAAUCCCACUACCUCUACAAAAUCUUACGUUCUGGCAGAUCGCCAAUAUUGUCUUCUUCAUAUUCACCGUCGGUGUUCUAUCAUGGAUGCUAGACUCACACCAUUCAGACGAUGACGACGAAUUGACCAUAAAAUCAAAAGCGUCUACUACGCCUCCUCCAAUUGUCAUUCCAAACACUGUAGAAAUCCUAACCCCGCCCCCACCAAGAGCCCGUCGACAAACUCUAGAAACGAUCGCUACAUUUGUUAACUUCGAGGAUAUACAACGCUCUGCACGACGACGAAGGAGUCUACGUUCUCCUCUACCUUGCUCGUUAUUCAAUUCUCCAAUUGAUAAUUCUCCCACUACUCCUACUACUUCUUCUUCUGUAUUAAGCAGCACAACCAUAAGCCCUCUACCAACUUCUCCAACUUCAACGGCAGAUGCACAUGGGCAGUUGAUUUCUACACCGUUAGGGAAAGGGAAAAGUUUACUUCGCAAGGCAUCGGAGAAUUCAAGUUGUCGGAAUAGGAAUAGAAGAAGAUAUAGCUUCCAAGAUGAAGUCGUAAGGCGAGGGUUGGAGGUUGUUGCGGAUUAUGAUAGAAAUGGGAUAAAAUUCACAAAUGUUUAA